AUGAACCCAUCAGAGAUGCAAGGAAAAAUGCCUCCGUGGAGACGGAAAACCCUCACUCGAGCACCAUCAACUCACCAGGUGAACAAAAUGGUGAUAUCAGAAGAAAAGAUGAAGUUGCCAUCCACAAAGAAAGCAGAGUUGCUGUCCUGGGCCCAGCUAAAGAAGCUGACACAGUUAGCUGAAAAAAGCCUGAAGAACACAAGGGUAACACAAACUCCAGAGAAUAUGCUGCUUGCAGCUUUAAUGAUUGUAUCAAUGGUGUCUACAGGUGUACCCAGCAGCUCCGGAGAGACAGUGACCAGCGAGAACGGGCCAUGAUG